UAUGACUUUCGGCCGCUUUUUUUCAGACUCAAGAGAUGCCGGGAGGGACGAAGAUGCUGAGAUGCAAGCUCCUCAGGACGAAGCAUUGGUCCUACCGGUCGGGGUGAAUGCGUUGUUGACAUUGACCGCGGACUCGCUCAUUAUUCAAGGUAAGGAUAUCCCUGGCUACCACUCCUCUUGUCUCUUUUUAUUUUGCCAUAUACAUUGCCAUAUACGCUAUAUAUUCUUGAAAUCUAUCAGUUAAUAACUUACGCCACUGCCUCGUUGCAGACGAUAGCCAUAAUAAUAAAUCUAGUCGAAGUUGCUGCGGCGCGAUAACUGCUCCACGUAUGAAUUUGAACACCCUACUGUGAUGGUGAGCGGUUUGCUUCUCCGGAAAGAGUCUGACUCCUUAUCAUCAUUCUAGGCGUUGCGCGGGUGACACGAUCUAUCCCUUUCUUCAAUAUCCUUUGGGCGGAAAUAUCGAACAACCAUAUCAAUAUUAAUUACGCCAACCCACGGAGUAAGCUAGAUGUCGGCCUGGCCACGGUUUGUUACAGCAUCGAACGCACGCAGCUAUCGAGAGCGGAAACAUGGGCUGCCUCGCUCUUGGAUUUGGCAUACGGAGAAGCACAGAAGAAGAAACGGAUAAAGGUGCUGGUGAAUCCCUUUGGCGGGAAAGGAAAUGCGUCCAAGAUCUACUACAGGGAAGUCGAGCCGAUAUUCGAAGCUGCCAACUGUGUUAUCGAGACCCAGGUCACCGAGUACUCUGGUCAUGCCAUUGAAAUUGCCGAGAAGAUCGAUGUAGACGCAUGGGACGUGAUUGCGGCUGCUUCCGGAGACGGGUUGAUCUUCGAGAUUUUCAACGGUCUAGGCAAAAAGGAGAACGCCGGAGAGGCCCUUGCGAAGCUGGCCGUUGCACACAUUCCCUGCGGCUCUGGCAAUGCCAUGAGCAGGAACCUCAACGGCACGGCAGGGCCAAGCAUGGCUGCUCUUUGCAUCAUAAAGGGUCUACGCACUCCCAUUGACCUUGUAUCGAUCAGCCACGGGCAGCGUCGAACCAUCUCUUUCCUCUCCCAAGCAUUCGGCAUCGUAGCAGACUCUGACCUCGGCACAGACAAUCUGAGGUGGAUGGGCCCUGCUCGUUUCACCAUCGGCUUCUUGAUAAGGUUGUUCGGCAACACGGUAUAUCCAUGCGAUGUGGCGCUCAAGGUUGAAAUCGACGACAAGAAACGCAUCAAAGAGCAUUAUCAUGCCGUUGUGCAGAACAAAUCAAACGCAGAGCCACGCGAAGAGAUCCCAGAAUCAGGAGGCCUGCCACCCUUAAAAUAUGGUCUUGCAACAGACCCCAUCCCGGACGAUUGGAUGAGAAUCUCUCAUGAUAAGCUCGGUAACUUCUAUUCAGGGAACAUGGCGUUCAUGUCUCAGGACGCAAACUUCUUCCCUGCCUCGCUUCCAAACGAUGGUUUCUUAGACGUCAUUAUGAUCAGAGGAGAUAUCAGCCGAUUAACUGCCGUCCAGAUGCUGGGUUCCUUGGAAGAUGGAGAGCUCUUCGACUUGCCCGAUGUGCACGCGCUAAAAAUAUCAGCCUUUAGGAUCACUCCCAGGAACCCAGAAGAUGGCUAUAUCAGCAUUGACGGCGAGCAGAUCCCCUACGAACCAUUCCAGGCUGAGGUUCAUAAGGGUCUCGGCACAGUCAUCUCCCGGUCAGGCUUCAAGUAUGAAACUGGGAAGGGAUCUUAAAGCACUUGUUAUGCCAUGAUAUGCGUCCUCUCCUGGUUGUCCGUUUUGGAUCACUCGUGUCCGUCUCUCAUACCUACCAUCAUUACCCAACCCCGAACGCUCAGUUGUAUUUAUAAACCUACUCUCCCCAUACCCCGGGCUUACAUAGCUCAAAGUCUGUGUCCGGGCGCGCUCCUCUCUCGUUUAACCUUUUUUUGCGUUGUUAGACCUGGCGUUACGGUAAGGGACCGAAUUGCCAUGGCAGUAUAUACCUAUAUCCCUUGCCACACGGGCUGUGAAUACAAUCAAGUGGAAGUUGUCUUGGUCCAUCCAGGAUCCUCUCAGUGUACUUUUUUUUGGUUUUGUCUGCAGUAUUAUACGGUAGUUGAGAGGUAGUUAUUGAAUACAUUGAAUAGUCUCUUCUGUUUCGAAUGAGUAAUCGGUCCACAUGGCAGAUAUUUGAUACCUCUUGAUUAUAAUUUGAUAAAAACUCCCGGAAUGCCCCAUUUCAUAACCUCUACCCAAACCUAUAUUAUUAGCCCACCAUUUUGACGUUGGAAAAAACCCACUAAGUAGGUAGCUAGAAUUUGAGAAUUUUCCAUCAGACUUGUAGUUGAUACGCCGCAAACACCAGGUGACUGUAUAUACCGCAUACUAUCUACACGAAAAAGCGAAUACACACAACCGAAUAAAAUGGAUAAUUAAAACAUUUGGACAGGGAGGAGAACUGUUCGGCCCGCCAAAAAGGAGAAAAA